UAAGGGAGGGGGGUGAUGGGGUGUCACACAGAGCCAUAGGUUGUGUCUCAAGAACUUGGGGUGCAUUCCUGGGGUGCUCUCUCUAAUAGUGUCAUCCUCACCCAUGGCUUCAAUUUGACCCCAAACUUUGGGCACCUGGAUUCUGCCUCCCAGGACCUCUUCUAGCAUUGGAAGGAGUGAUGAAGAUUUGGAAGAGAAUGAAAAGAGGAUGAAACCGUUGCUACUGCUCAUGUUGAUCCCGUUUGCUGGAGCUGAAUCUUGCCCUCAAAUGCCCUGCAAGAAUGGUGGGACUUGUUUGAAUCACUCCAACGGGACCUCUUCCUGCCUGUGCCCUCCUGGCUAUGUGGGAGACAUGUGCCAGUUUGCAGACCCCUGCACCCCUGUACUUUGCCAGAAUGGGGGCACCUGCUCGUCCAGGGCUCUUCCCCCCCCAGCUGCCCCCGAGUACGUGUGUGUGUGCCCUUCUGGUUUCACUGGGGAGAAAUGCCAGGAAGUGGUUGGUGAUCCCUGCUUCCCAUCACCCUGCCAACAUGGAGGAAUGUGCCAGCGGGUUCCCGGGAAUGAUCAUCAAUGCCAGUGUCUGUCAGGAUGGACAGGGAAGAACUGCCAGUUAAUGGAUUUCUGCCCAGCCAACCCUUGUGCCAAUGGUGGGACGUGUGUCAUCACCUACCCUGUCAUCGUCUGCCAGUGCUGGCCAGGCUUCGAAGGGCAUACCUGCCAACAUGACAUCAAUGAAUGUUUUGGGUCUCCUGGCCCCUGCCUCAACGGUGGCAGCUGUAUCAACAACAUUGGCUCCUUCCGCUGCCUCUGCCCACCUGACUUCACUGGCCCUCUCUGCCAGUACCAACUGGGGCCUUGUUCCCUGGAGAUCUGUCUCCACGGGGGCACCUGCCAUCACAUCGACGAACGAUACUACGGCUGCCUCUGUCUGCCAGGGAAUUGCUACACUGGUCAGUACUGCGAGGUGAAUCCGGAUGACUGCGCAGGGCAUCAGUGCCUCAAUGGAGGCACCUGUCAGGAUGGCAUCGGAUCGUAUGCUUGCCAUUGCCGCCAAGGCUGGACAGGGCUUCUUUGCCACCUGCACGAUGCUUGCCUCAGCAAUCCGUGCCAUCCUGAUGCUCACUGUGACACGGACCUCCUUACUGGCCAUGCCAUCUGCACAUGCCAGCUGGGUUAUGCUGGAGCUCUAUGCGACGAAGACAUUGACGAGUGCCGGAUGGGGAGCAACCCAUGUGAACACGGAGGAAGCUGUUACAAUAUGCCUGGCUCCUUCACCUGUUCCUGCCUCAGGGGCUACACAGGCUCCCGGUGCGAAUCUAACCUUAAUGAGUGUCUCAGCCAGCCUUGUCAGAACGGGGCCUCCUGCUUGGACCUGCUGGACUGUUUCCAAUGCCUCUGCCCAUCUGGGUUCGGCGGCCCAUUCUGUGAAGUUGAAGAGUGCAUGCAAGACCAUUGCCUCAACGGGGGAACCUGUGUGCUCCAGAGCCAUGGCACCACCUGCCUGUGUCCUCCUGGUUUCGAGGGACCGCAGUGCGAGACAGAUGCCGAUUUCUGCCGCGGUGCCCCUUGCGAACACGGAACCUGCAUGAAUGCUCCCGGCUCCUUCACAUGUGUCUGCGCCCCAGGAUUCACAGGUCCUCUCUGCAAGGAAUUCAGCGACCCCUGUUGGAAGUUUCAGUGCCUUAAUGGAGGCAGUUGCCAUGGGACAGAAUCCGGGCCACUUUGUAUAUGUUCACCAGGUUGGACUGGCCAGAACUGUGACACAGAGAUGGAUGCCUGCAAUUCCAGCCCAUGCCACCAGAGGGCCACUUGCCUGAGCCGCCAGGGAGCCUUCCACUGCAUCUGUCCCAGCGGCUACGUAGGGGCAACGUGCCAUGCAGAUGUAGACGAAUGCUCUUUGAGCCCCUGUCUGCAUUCUGGAACUUGCCUUAACAGCCCUGGGAGUUUUCACUGCCUCUGCUCCAGGAGUUAUACAGGACCCAGAUGUCAGGUUACCCUGGACCUUUGCUCAGCCCACCCCUGCAGGAAUGGAGGCCAAUGCAUAGUGAAGGAGUCUGCACCCCGUUGCCUCUGCCCUCCAGGAUGGGGUGGCCCUCAGUGCCAACAGAGGGCAAAUCCGAACAGAGACAACUGCACAGGUCAGACUGGAGAAGGUGGUUGCCAGGAAAAACGCCCUAUUCGUAAAAUCAGUUUGACAGUGGAACCGAGCACCAAGGGAAACAGUGGGCUCCCCUUUGCUGGACGUGUUCAUGCAGGAGCUGACCAGCCAUCUUGCCCGCCAACAGAAAAUUGCCUAAACGGAGGAACCUGUACCAAGACGGCAGAUGGUUUUCAAUGCUUGUGUCCAGCGGGAACAAAAGGUCCCAAUUGUGACUUGGACCCCUGCUCUCUUCCUGGCCCCCACUGCUACUACGGCGGGACCUGCAUGGCUCAGCCUGAAGGGUUUUCUUGCAUCUGCCCCCCUGGGUAUGUGGGUGAGAGGUGCGAGGGGGUGGUAGAUGCCUGCUUCUCCCAGCCUUGCCACCAGCCUGGCUCCCAGAGCUGCCAAUCUCAUGAACAUGGCUUCCAGUGUCUAUGCCACCCUGGAUAUUCAGGGCUUCUGUGUGAAUCUGUGAUUGACAGUUGCCAAUCAAAUCCUUGCCUUAAUGGUGGAAGCUGUAGCAUGGUGUUCAGACACCCUCUGGAAUUCAUCUGCCACUGUCCACAGGGUUAUGAAGGACCGACUUGUGAUCUGCCUGCACCACCUUGUGGGUCCUUGUACUGUCACAACGGAGGAACUUGCAUUGCCCGUCCAUCUGGACCUCAAUGUCUCUGCAAGGAAGGCUUCUCUGGGCCAGACUGCCACCAGCCUCCAUGUUCCCCAGCUUCCUGCCCUGCUGCCAAUGCCACCAUGCCCUCCAGGUGCCCAACCUUGGCAGGAGAUGCCCACUGUGACCGGGUCUGCAGCUCUCCGGAGACCAGCUGGGAUGGGGGGGACUGUGCACUGGGGUUGCUUGAUCCUUGGGAGAAAUGCCCGAAGCGAGACCUGUGCCAGGGGGUGUUCCGGGAUGGGCACUGCCAGCCCCCUUGUGACAAUGAGGACUGCCUGUAUGAUGGGUUUGACUGCGUCCCACUGAAGGAGUGCAACCUGCCCUAUGCACAGUAUUGUCGGGACCACUUCGCAGACGGACACUGCGACAGAGGCUGCCACUCGGCAUCCUGUGGCUGGGAUGGUGGGGACUGCGCCUCUUCUGUUCCACCGGCAGAGUCCGCGUUGGCCCUGGUGGUCCUGCUGUCCCGGGAGAGCCUGCCGGAGCUCCUGCGUUCCCUGGUCGUCGCCACGCGGGCAGCACUACGAGUUCAACGCGACCGUCAGGACCAGGAGCGGAUUUACCCUUACACAGGGAAGGAGGAGUUGGGGAGCCAGAGCAAUUGGACAGGGGUUCGGACAAAAGAUUUGGCAGAGACCAUUGGAUAUACCAUCUUUCUGGUUGUAGAUGGGAACUCAUGCUCCGGGCAGUGCCCCACUUCUGCCAAAUCUGCCCUGAACCUUUUGGGUUCCUUGAUGGCCAAAGGGAUUUUGUCAUCCCUGGUCCCACACCAAGUGGUAGCGGCCUGGCUUGAAGCUAUAGAAAAUGAUCUCCAGGCCUCCGUCUCCCCUUUUUCGUGGCCCCUCAUUUAUUGCGUGGGUGCCGGGGCACUCGUGGUAGCCCUGGUUAUCUUCAUCGGCCUGUGGAGAGCCCGUCGGUCUCAGCAUCGGGAACAUGGAUCUCUCUGGCUCCCUCCAGGGUUUGCGCCACACCAAGGCAAGAAGCGCCGCUGUCGGAGGGAGCCGGUGGGUGAAGAUGCGAUCGGACUGAAGCCAACAAAACUUGGUGCUGAACUUGCAGAGGAUCCUGAUAUCUUCUCCAGCCCCCAUUUUGACGGUCCUUUGAACCCCAAAGAUAUAAAGGAGGACCUUGAUUCCAUCUGCAUCUCAGAUCAAGGCCACGUGAGGCCAAAGAAACAGAUGUUGUGCAACGCAUCGGUCCCAGUCCUGGAGAAGGAUACCAGGCCAAAGGCAGCCAGAAAUCAAGAACCAGUUUGUGGCCUGACCCCACCAAUGCCCUUGGCUUGUUCUUCUGGGUUGGAGAUGGAGAGUUCCCGGACAGACAGGCAAAUGGAGAACUUUGGAGAGACACCCCUUCACUUAGCAGCUCGAUACUCUCGUGCAGAUGCUGCCCGCAGACUGCUGACAGCUGGAGCUGAUGUUAAUGCCCGGGACCAGUGGGGACGGACCCCCUUGCACAGUGCGAUAGCAGCUGAUGCUUUGGGGGUAUUCCAGAUCCUUCUUCGACAGAGACAGACAGACCUGGACGCUUUGGCAGAUGAUGGCACCACCCCACUCAUUCUUGCCACGCGGCUUGGGGUCGAAAAUAUGGUGGAAGAGCUGGUGGCCAAUCACGCAAACAUCCAAGCCGUAGAUAACAGAGGGAAGAGCGCUCUCCACUGGGCUGCAGCAGUCAACAACGUACGGGCCACCCUCGUUCUGCUCAGGAACGGAGCUGACAAAGACAUUCUGGACAACCAGGCACAGACCCCACUGUUCCUGGCUGCCCGGGAGGGAAGCUAUCAAGCGGUGUGUCUUCUUCUGCAACAUGGCGCCCAGAGGAACCUCCAGGAUCAUACAGGCCGUCUCCCCAAAGAUGUAGCGUUGGAGCGCCUGCACCACGAUAUCCUCUCCCUCUUAGACAGACCCUGCCCCUCUCAUGGGACUGGCCAGCUUUUGCCACACAGGCCCCGCCCACAGUCUUCAUCCAAACUGCACAGAUGGCCACACCCACCCAAUCAUUCCCAGCUAACUCCCAUUCGAGAGAAUGAGGGAUCUUUCAAGGAUGCUACCCCAUCAGAAGCCGCCAUGGGGCAGGCAGUGGAGUGACUCCUCCCCCUCUGUGUGAGGACACUGUGGGUAGUGAUGACAGCCUUGGCCAAAGAGGUAACUUUCCCCAGUGAAGUAUGCAGGGCAGUGCCUUGGAUCAAUGGAACACCCAUGGGCAGCGUGGAGAGAUGAAGAUAUUCCAGCAGUGACAUCAAAGUGCUCCAGAUGUUUCUGCUGUCACAGGUGGGGAUGUGAUACAACACAACUUGGAUCCUAAGGUCAUCUUACAAAAUCUGAAGCGAAGGUCAUCACACCUUGCUAGAAGAGCUUCCCCAGAACAUCUUCAGGUAUGUUGGACUUCAACUCUCAGAAUACUGGCCAGUGAUCCUGGCAGCAGGAUCCCAGCCCAUCUGGCAAGUAGCAGUAUGGGAAAGGCUACUAUAUAGUAGCCACUGACUUGGGAGGAAGUCUCUUUGAACUCAAUGGGACUUCAGACACAGACAGGCUAGGUUUGGCCUCUUUUCCAGAGGUGCAAUGAAGGAUUGUGUAACCUGCCAAUUGAGGCUGCUGAGAAUUCUGGAAGUUGAAGUCCAACAUAUAUGAGGUUCCCCAGCUGGAAAAAGCAGAUGUAGGAUGGAAAUGGAUAAUCCCAAACCUUCCACCCUAUUUUUCUGAUUUGCAAUUCCAUCGUGUAUCGUUGCAAUUCAGCUCACCUUCCGCUGACAACGCGUCAGGUAGACUUGUCUAAAGAUUGGGAUAUUACCACCAAUUAUACUUGUUGUGCAAAAGCUUGGAGCCAAGAAGUAAAGCUAAAACUCCCGCAAACUGAA